CUUUUCGUACCUAAAUUCACCCCACACUCUUUUACUGUGACUGAAGUGAACCAGAGAGCGACGAAGAUGGAGAAUCCUCUGCCUCUCAGUUUCUUCUUCACUUUGCUGCUAUCUUGCGCCGCGGCGGACCGUGGAGGUGGAAACUCCCGCACCACCAUACUCUUCAACUCGGACGGCCGGACGGACUACAAUUUCGACGUCUACACGCUCCCGGUUUCUGACUCCCAGAUCAACGCCGGCAACGAGCUCAAGAUCACCGACGGCCAGUCCGUCAACUACAACGGCCACUUUCCAGCGCUGUCGUCGUCCUCGUCGCUGCUGCUCUCGCACCCACGCUAUCAGACACUCGCCGCCGCUGUCGCGUCGCCGCCCGUUCACGUGGUUUACGUCACCGAGAGGAACGGAACUUCCAGCAUAUACCUCGACGCCGUCUAUUACGACGACGCUGACCACGCCAGGAGGAGAUCUAUGCUCCAAGUUCCGAACCGGGUACAGUUCCCCCUGGUCGGAAGUCAACAUUCGAACGGUCCGAUUUCGCUGAAAGAUAAACCCAGUUUGGUUGGUGAUUAUGUUGUCUAUGUUUCAACUCACGAGGACUCGGGCGUGCCGAGGAAGAGUUGGGCUGCGGUUUACUCGAGUCAUAUCAGAACCGGGUUGACUCGGAGGUUGUCCCCGCCUGGGGUGCCGGAUUUUAGCCCAGCCGUGUCGCCGUCGGGGGUUUGGACGGCUGUGGCUUCCGGCGGAGAGGAUCACUGGAGUGGUGAUAUGGAAGAGCUCAAUACUGAUAUUUAUGUAUUCAGAACUGAGGACGGGUCGGACCGGGUCAAGGCGGUGGAGCACGGCGGGUGGCCGACUUGGGCUGACGAUUUCACUCUGUACUAUCAUCGGAAGGCGGAUGAUGGGUGGUGGAGUAUCUACAAAGCUAGCCUUCCGAAGAGUGGGCGAGUUGGUGUUGAGUCGGUUGUGACUCAGCGAAUCACCCCGCCAGGAAUCCACGCGUUCACUCCGGCGGCUUCGGUGGCCGACAAGAACUUCAUUGCCGUGGCGACGAGGCGGCGCGGGUCGAAUUACCGUCACAUAGAGAUCUUCGACGUCGUGUCCAAGCAGUUCCGGGAGGUGACUCGACCCAUCUCUCCUACUCUCCAUCACUUCAAUCCGUUCAUCUCCCCUGAUUCCACCCGGGUCGGGUACCACAGAUGCAGAGGCCCAGCCAAUGGAGGCGGAGGUAACCACUUGUUAUUGGAAUACCUCCGAAACCCAAAACCUGAAAUUUCUCUUUUCCGGAACUACCGAUCAUUUCCUUCUUUCUCGCCGGAGGGUGACCGGAUAGCUUACUCGGCCAUGCCGGGUCUGUACGUGGUGAACCCAGACGGGUCUGGUCUACGCGAAAUCUAUAGCGGAAUGGUUUUCUACUCAGCCUGGGACCCGAAACGAAAAGGUGUGGUUUAUACCAGCAUGGGACCCAUUUUCGCACCAGUGAGCUCCGAGGUGGAUAUAGUCGCCGUCAACGUGGAUGAGGAUGAAUUCACUUACAGAAAGCUGACGACGGACGGCGAAAACAACGCCUUCCCAUGGCCUUCACCCGACGGGAAGUGGAUCGUGUUCCGGUCCGGUCGAUCCGGUUACAAGAACCUAUACAUAAUGGAUGCUGAGAAGGGAGACAAAGGCGGGCUAUUCAGGCUCACGGAAGGUCCAUGGACCGAUACGCACUGUAACUGGUCUCCAGACGGAGAUUGGAUCGUCUUCACUUCGAACCGAGAACACCCCGGUACGGAUCUCACGUCAAUAUACAUGAUUCACCCGAAUGGGACCGGCCUUAGGAAGGUGUUCACCAGCGGGUCGGGUAUGUCUGCCCACCCGAUUUUCAGCCCGGACGGAAAAUCUAUCGUGUUGACAUCGGAUUACGGCGGGGUGUCGGGGGAGCCAAUCUCCAUCGCACAUCAGUAUCAACCACCCAGUGAGAUCUACACGAUCAAAUUGGACGGUUCUGAUCGUACGAGGCUGACUCAUAACACGUAUGGUGAUGGUACCCCGGCGUGGGGGCCCAUAUCUAUGAGGGCCGUUGAUGUGGUGCUGCAAUCCAACGGCAGAGGAUGCAACUUCGAUGAUUGCUACUGGAUAACAUUUCCGGACGAUACAAAGGUUGAUGAGGUGGCUCCACCCUUGGGAGGGAAUGCUAGAGUCCCCUGUGGUAACUGACAGAAAACAUUGAAGAGGAUUUUCCCACUUGUAACAUAAGGUGAUAGUUGCCGCCCUCGGGCGUGGUCGGGUGGCUUUGCCGGGCUGAUAUGAAUACUCAUAAGUGUAAGAAGUCUACAGUUUAAAAUUUUGGGUGCUCGGCUCCUGAUUUAUCUCCUCUCUGUGAUAUGGGGCCAUUAGGAAGGGAUGCCUGUUCUAAGUGUUAUCAGAACAUAAGGUGAUAGUAGCAGUGUUCCAGUAGUUUUGUGUGUAAUGUUAAUAUGUUCACAUAAAUAAAUGAAAUUGAUUUU